AAUUACCAGUAUAUAAUAGUGUUGGAAGCAUCAUGUACUCGUAAAAUAUAGAGAUCACUGCAAUCAGAUAAAAUGUCGGGAAUAAUGCACAAUAUAGAGGAGAAACUCCACAUGGGAGAGCACAAGGACGUUGAAGAUAAGAGGAAGGAAAAGGGUGAGGGGCACAAGGAUAAGAAGAAGGAGAAGGGUGAGGAAGGGCAUAGGGAGAAGAUCAAAGAGAAGCUUCAUGGGGAAGAUCACAAGGACGGAGAGGAGAAGAAAAAGAAGAAGAAGAAGGAGAAGAAGCACGACGAUGAUAGCAGCAGUGGAAGCGAUAGCGAUUAG